AUGUUACGAAAUCAACUUUAAUUCCAGCAGUCUUGUUAAACAAAUAUUGAAUCUAUCAAGAAUCCAAAGAGAACUAUUAAGCCACAUUAAUACGAUUCUUGCAUUAACAAUCCUCUCACUUAGUAGUUCUCUAAUAUUAAAUUGGCAUCCACAUUAAGUAUGGGAAGAUCCAUAUUUCAGAAACAAUUAGAAUAAAUGAAAUAAUAAUAUAUUGUUAGAACUGGAUAUAUUAGGAUAGCUGAUCCUGAGAUCUUGAAGGAAUUAUUUGAAUUAAACUUAGAGAAUAUGAAAAAGAAAUACUCUAAGUAUAGUAAUAUAUAUUAACUGAAUAUACCUAAAGAAAUGAUUAAAAUAUUCAUGAAAUUUGGGUAUCAAGAAAUCAAUAAAUUUAUGUAAAUGGCUAUUGUUCACUUAUUGUUUGAAUAUAAAUCUUUAUUGCAAUAUUAGGAUAAAUGGGAAAAAGAUGCAGUCAUAGCAUUAACAUCAAUAGCAUUUAUUAAAUAAGAUUGUUUAUAUCCUUAAGUAAUGAUUGUUUCACCAGAUGAUCAAAGUGCUAUUGCUAUCAAGGUUAUGCUUGAUCAUCUAAAUAUAUACUAUAACAAUGUGUAUUAAGUAUCAAAAAAGAAUUCUAUUGUUUAAGACAGAAAGUCAUUAAAGGAAGCAUAGAUUGUGAUAGGAACUGCAGAUCGUUUAUAUUAUGUAAUUUAUCAAAAGUAUUUGAACCCAAUAUUUUUGGAGAGUGUGGUAUUCUAGGAAUUUAGUCAAACUACAGAUUUAGGUUAUAAGAAAGAUAUUGAAAAUAUACUCAGAAUACUUCCAAAAUCCACAUCUAAACAUUUCUUUUUCAGUUAAGUCUUUAAUAUAGAAGAACAUGAUAUAUUAGAUAUAUGA